UUGCCACAGAAAUUUAUGAGAAGACAACUGGUUUUGCUUGUUCAGGUUUUAUCAUCUUUCCCUGUUGUCUUUGCCCCCACCAAACAAGAGAGAAAUGGAAGCAGCAUGGGCCACAAUUCUGACUCUGAUACUGAUACUCGCUCUGAUAUGUGCAUGGAAGGUGCUGAUCUGGUUAUGGCUGAGGCCAAAGAGACUAGAAAAGCUGCUAAGAGAGCAAGGCCUUCAAGGGAAUCCAUACACACUUUUUGUUGGAGACUCCAAGGAGUUUCUGAAGAUGAGAAAGGAAGCCUUAUCCAAACCCAUGAAUCUCUCUGAUGACAUAAUACCACGUGUUUCUUCCUAUGAACAACAUAGUGUCAACAAACAUGGUAAGAAUUCUUUUAUCUGGUUAGGACCAAUACCAAGAGUGACCAUCUUAGAUCCGGAGCAAAUUAAAGAUGUAUUUAACAAGAUCUAUGACUUCCCAAAGCCUAAUAUGAAUCCACUUGUCAAGUUACUAGCGACUGGACUAGCAGGCUAUGAAGGAGAAAAGUGGAGUAAGCACAGAAGGAUAAUCAACCCUGCUUUUAAUUUAGAAAAAUUGAAGAUUAUGUUACCAUUGUUCUUCAAAAGUUGCAACGAUCUGGUUAGCAAAUGGGAAGGCAUGUUGUCUUCAGAGGGAUCGUGUGAAAUGGAUGCAUGGCCUUUCCUUCAAAAUCUGGCUAGUGAUGUUAUCGCUCGAUCCGCAUUUGGAAGUAGCUAUGAAGAAGGAAGAAGAAUAUUUCAACUCCAAAGAGAGCAAGCUGAACUUUUAAUUAAAGUUCUAUUGAAAAUUCAAAUCCCCGGAUGGAGAUUUCUACCAACUAAUACCCAUAGAAGAAUGAAGGAAAUUGACAGAGAUAUAAAGGCUUCACUCAAGGAUAUGAUUAACAAGAGGGAGAAGGCACUGAAGGCGGGUGAAGCCACUAAGAAUGACCUAUUAGGUAUACUUUUGGAGUCCAAUCACAAGGAAAUUCAAGAACAUGGAAACAGAAACAAUAAGAAUGUUGGAAUGAGUCUUGAAGAAGUAAUCGAGGAAUGCAAGUUUGCAGGACAGGAAACCACCUCAGUUUUGCUUGUUUGGACAAUGGUGUUAUUGAGUAGGUACCCUGAUUGGCAAGCACGUGCAAGGGAGGAAGUCUUUCAAGUCUUUGGAUACCAAAAACCAGAUUUUGAUGGGUUAAGUCGCCUAAAGAUUGUCACUAUGAUUUUGUACGAGGUUCUUAGAUUAUACCCUCCGGUAGCUGGGAUGACUCGAUCUAUUGAAAAGGAUGUGAAACUUGGAACCCUAACAUUACCAGCUGGAGUACAUGUUUUACUUCCAACAAUUUUGAUUCACCAUGAUCGCAAAUUCUGGGGUGAAGAUGCUAAACAGUUCAAUCCUGAGAGAUUUUCCGAAGGAGUUCUAAAAGCAACAAAUGGUAGGGUUUCAUUUUUUCCAUUUGGAUGGGGUCCUAGAAUAUGCAUUGGACAAAACUUUUCCUUAUUGGAAGCAAAGAUGGCUUUGUCAAUGAUUUUGCAGCAUUUCUCAUUUGAACUUUCUCCAGCAUAUGCUCAUGCUCCAAUUGCGUUGAUUACUAUUCAGCCACAGUAUGGUGCUCAUAUCAUUCUACGUAAAGUCACAAUAUGAAAUAAAAUAGUAGACUCUUAUUGUGUGAUUAUAGUACACAACUACGGUAAAGCUUAUACUUUAUUACCAAAAUGAUCACUUCUUAGAUCCUGUCAUAUGUUUAAUUACUUUCAUUUACAUGUUUGUGUGUUUAUAUCUUUUGUUGGAUUGUAACUUUGUAAUUGAAUAGACAAAGAAAUAAAUGUGAUUUCAUACUAAGAUAUACAGCCAAA